AUGCCAAAGAAGUUGGCCCAUGAUGACUACACUGUCGGUUGGAUCUGUCCAUUGGAGGUCGAGCAAAUCGCGGCAUUGGAGAUGCUAGAUGAAGAACAUGGGCGUCUUCCACAGUCUCCAGGCGAUCACAAUGUGUACAAUCUCGGCAGUAUUGCCGGGCAUAAUAUCGUCAUUGCCGGGCUGCACCAGGCAGGCAAUAGUUCGGCGGCUGUAGUUGUCACUCAGAUGCGAAUGACAUUCCAAAAUCUAAGAUUCGGCCUAUUGGUAGGCAUCGGAGGGGGUGUGCCUACGAAGACCGAUAGCGGCAUCAUCUGCUUGGGAGAUGUUGUCGUAAGCAAACCUGUAGGUGGACACUCCGGUGCAGUGCAAUAUGAUCGUGGAAAGGCCAAACAUGGGAACUUUGAGCGCAUCGGUUCUCUUGCUCCGCCACCAGUAGUCCUUCUCAAUGCUGCGCAGGAUCUGGCAGUCAAACGGGCCAGGGCGCAUGAGGACCCUAUUGGUAGGAAUGUUAAGAGGAUCGAUACUAGCAUUCAAGGCCUCCGAAGGUAUAAAUACCCCGGUCCAGGGGAGGACAAUCUAUAUAGGCCGGAGUAUCUGCACCUACGACCUGGAGUGUCCUGUGACGAAUGUGGAUGUGAUCCUUCGCAGCGAAUUCAGCGAACUACUCACGGAGACGAAGACGAUCGGUCACAUGUUGUUGUUCAUAGAGGGAUAAUCGCCUCUGGUGAACUAGUCCUAAAAAACGCGAUAUUACGAGACCAAUUGGCUCACGAUGGCCUAUUGUGUUUUGAGAUGGAGGCAGCAGGCGCCAUGGCUGAUUUUCCUUGCAUGGUGGUUCGUGGGAUCUCAGACUAUUGCGACUCGCAUAAGAAUGAUCACUGGCAUGGUUAUGCAGCUGCAGUGGCUGCAGCCUAUGCGAGAGAACUUUUUUUUCAUGUGCCAAUGGAUCCGAAAAGUUCUUUGCCCUGGGAGCUAUUACAGCAGGCGAGACAACAAGAUUUCGGAGAGACGGCAUUGAGAGAAAAAAGGAUAGAAAUCCUCAAGCUACUCAAUACCACUCCAUAUCGAGACCGAAAAGAUCGAAACCCAGACCGGAUUCAAGGGACUUGUGAAUGGUUUACAGAACAUGAACUCUUCCUAGAUUGGCAACAGGCCAAGAACUCCCGACUGCUUUGGGUAUCCGCAGAUCCUGGAUGUGGAAAGUCGGUAUUGGCAAAAUACUUGGUUGACUCUGUCCUUCUGACCACAGCGUCAAGAGCAACGUGUUAUUUUUUCUUCAAGGAUGACUUUGAGGAUCAGAGAGGUGUUAUUGGUGCUUUGUGCUGCAUCCUCCAUCAAUUGUUCAUACAGAAACGAAGCCUACUCUCCGAACGGAUUCUCGAACGGUUUGAAAUUAGUGGGGAGAAGUUCGACCGCUCCUUUAGCGAGCUCUGGGAUAUUCUUCUCAGCAUUGCUGAAGAUCCGAACGCUGGUGAAAUUGUUUGUAUUCUUGACGCAAUUGAUGAGUGUGAAGAUAAAGGCAGGUCUCAACUUGUCCAGGCACUGUGCAAACUAUACGGUACUCAGACAAAUUUUAAUUUAAAAUUUCUCCUGACUAGCAGGCCCUACGGAGGAAUUCGGCGGGGCUUCCAGCCGUUAGAGAUCCCUGGAAUGCCCAUUAUCCAUUUAAGUGGCGAAAAUGAUACUGAGAUGGAGAAGAUUUCCAAAGAGAUCGACAUUUUCAUCAAGGCAAGAGUUCGGGGAAUUGGAGCAAAGCUGAAGCUUACAGCUGAGGAAGAAGGCCUUUUGUUCGAAGGGCUUAUGCGUGUUCCAAAUAGAACAUACUUGUGGGUUCACCUUACGCUGGACCUGAUCGAGAGCGACCCCAAUAUCGAUAAAUAUGGAAUAGUUAAAACGACACACAACCUCCCGAAAACUAUCGAUGAGGCAUAUGACAGGAUUUUAUGCAAGAGCCGAAAUUUUGCAGAGGCCAAGAAACUGCUCCAUAUUGUUGUUGCAGCAGAACGUCCCUUAACUCUGAAGGAGAUGAACCUAGCGUUAGCCCUUAGGAAAUAUCAUAAGUCAUAUACUGACGUUGAUCUCUUACCUGAAGAUCGUUUCCGUGAAAACGUGCGCGACCUCUGCGGCCUCUUCGUCACAGUCAAUGACUCGAGGAUAUAUCUACUCCACCAAACUUCAAAGGAAUUUUUAGUUCAAAUUGCCUUUACAGUUCCCCCACAGCACAUCAAACAUGACGGUCUUGAGUGGAAAGAGUCGUUGCGGCUGCAGGUUUCACAUGGAAUUCUUGCUGAAAUUUGUAUCCAGCGCCUGCUUUUCGCAGAAUAUGAGUCUCAUCCCGUGAAGAAAGACGGGAUGUCGAGCCAGUAUACUGAUAGUCACGUCUUUCUUGACUAUUCUGCCAAAUAUUGGGCGGCUCAUCUUCAGGAUUCAGAUGGUGAAAAUGAUAUAACGACAGACCUUAUCCUAAAAUUAUGUGACGCAAAAUCAAAUCGUUGCCUGACUUGGUUGAGGAUUUAUUGGACGAGCACAAACACAGAAUUUCCGGAGAAUUUCAACGAUCUUAUGAUCGCAUCUUACUUUGGAUUAACUGCACUAGUGAAACAGAAACUUCAUCGGGGCGGUAUUGACCUGAACUCUAGAGAUAGUACAUACGGACGAUCGGUCCUGUCAUGGGCUGCAGAAAAUGGGUCUUACGCUAUUGUGAAAUUAUUGCUCAAGGCCGGCAGAAGCUCUUUGAAGAGAAUCAUGUCGUUUCGCAAGGGGGCUGAGGUCGACUCAACAGACAGGUAUGGCCGAACACCGCUAUCAUACGCAGCAUGGAAUGGACAUGUCGCUGCCGUCAAGCUGUUGCUCAAGUCUGGAGCGCGAGUCGACACGAUGGACGAAAUUGGAGGCACACCGCUGUCUUACGCACUGGUGAACGGACAUGAUACUGUGGUUAAUUUGUUGCUCAACAAAGAAACAAAGAUUGACUCAGAGGAUAAUAUUAGCAAGACGCUGAUGUUUGAAGCUGCAAAGAAGAAGCAUGAUGCUGUGGUGAAGUUGUUGCUCGAGAAGGGUGCUGACUUUGAAGAAAAGGACGAUUCAGAUCGAACGCCAUUAUCAUAUGCAGCAGGGAAUGGACAUGAAACAGUGGUUAAAUUACUGCUUCAAGAGGGCGCAGACAUUGAAUCAAAGGACAUUUCAGAUCGAACGCCAUUAUUAUGGGCAGCUGGGAAUGGUCAUGCAACCGUGGUGAAAUUGCUUCUUGAAAAUGGUGCUCAAUUUGAGUAUAAGGAUAUCACUACUCAGAAUCCGCUCUUACGAGCCGCAAGAGAUGGGCAUAAAGCCGUUGUUGGAUUACUGCUGGAGAAAGGUGCUGCCUUAGAGGUCAAAGAUCAACUUGACCGAACACCAUUGAUAUGGGCAGCCAUGAAUGGGUACGACUUAGUGGUGAAAUUGCUACUUGAGAAAGGCGCCGAGAUCGAGUUUCAAGACAGCUCUGGCCAGAGCCCGCUCCUAUGGGCGGCCAAGAAUGGGCAUGACGCUGUGGUGGAGCUGCUGCUUAGCAAAAAUGCCAAUUUCGAGUUCAAGGACAAUACCGGCAAAACACCACUUUCAUGGGCAAUUGAGAGUGGGAAUGGGCAAGUGGUCAUGUUGUUGCUCGGAAAGGAAGCCGGUAAUCCUGACUCGCCGGAGUUGAAGAGAGUCAGACAGAUUAAACAGGAAAACGCAAAUUUUGCAGAAUGCAAAAUGUUGCUCCUAGGCACAUCAGAGAGCGGAAAAUCCACCAUUGUGAAGCAGAUGAAAGUCCUACAUCAGAAUUCAUACACAGAAGAAGAGUUAACUCUAUAUCGAUUUACCGUUUUCAAGAAUCUCAUUGAUUCGAUUCAAGCGUUGAUAGAGGCCAUGUAUUCCUUUGACUUAAAACCAACGACACAAGAAAACCAAGAAUACUCAAGCUUCCUUCUGGAAUACAGACUUGAACCCAGUCCGAAAACGCUUCUUGAUACGAAAGUUGGAGAUGCCAUAUCUUCUUUAUGGAAAGAUGAAGUUAUCCCUAAAGUCAUGGAACGCCAGAAAGAAUUUUAUCUCAUGGAUCCUGCAACUUAUUUUUUCGAUCAAGUCAAACGGAUAUCCGCCGGUAACUACAUUCCUACCGUAGACGAUGUCCUGAGGGCCAGAAUUGUAACAACUGGUAUAUAUGAGUCGCGAAUACGUAUAGGGAAUUUGGGCAUCCACAUGUUUGAUGUUGGUGGAAUGCGAAGCGAAAGGAAGAAAUGGAUACACUGUUUCGAAAAUGUGACUGCAAUUGCAUUCUGUGUGGCACUGAGCGAAUAUGAUCAAUUCUUAUUGGAAGAAAAUGAACAGAACCGAAUGAUGGAAAGCCUGCUCCUGUUCGAUUCAGUGGUCAAUUCCAGAUGGUUUAUGAGAACUUGCAUCAUCUUGUUCCUGAACAAAGUCGAUUUGUUCAGAAAGAAAAUACCUUACUCUCCGCUUGGAGAUUACUUUGGUGAUUUUAGCGGUGGAACUAACGUAAAUGCUGCUACCGAGUACUUUCUUUGGCGAUUCAACAUAGUCAAUCGUGCACAGCUUAAUCUUUACGCUCAUGUCACUCAAGCUACUGACAGCACGAACAUUCGUCUCGUCUUUGACGACGUCAAACAAAAAGUCAUCCAGAAUUCACUCAAAGACUCCAAGGUAUUGUAG